UUUCAUCCCACAGGAAAGAUUGGCUUGCUGUGACAAUUCAUAGCUCUUGCUUCCAUCCGACUUUCUCAGCCUCAGGCGUUAUGCUGCUACUGGUCAUAGGAUUCCUUGAGGCUUCAAGUGGAAAAGGAGUUGGGCUUCUGUGGCUGGAGUCCAGUUUUUGUGCCAUAGUUUGACAAAUGACAAUGCAAGAAGAAUUCCAAAGGGAAUUACCUCAAGAUAUAAGGUUAGGUUUUCCUGAGCCGGAGAGAUCUGUGAGUCAAGAAGUCGUCAAAGCAGAAACUUUUGUUGGUAAUAUAUCUCUUCAGGACCCUGAGCCGGCUGAGGAGAAGUGUGGCAAAAUUUCUUCUUUUGAGAAUGGAGAACAAGAGUCCAAAGAGACUAAUUCUGUAUCAUCUCAUCUGAACACUCUAGUAAAACAUGAAAGGGAGAAUGACCUCUGCCAAGGGCUUAAAAGCAAAGAAUAUGCUUCUGAACAUUUGCAUCAGACUGCCACUUUUCUGUCCCAUCACCCAGUCAAGCCUGUAACUUCUGAGAUAGAGCUGCCUACUUGCUGGGCACCAAAGAGUCCCAAGAAAGGACUCCUGAAUAACAUAGUUCCUAGAACUGAAACAUGUGAUGCCAGUUUGGCUCACAGUAUGUGCACGGAGGAAAAUGGAGCAAAAGAUUCUUAUACACUGCCAUAUACGAGCACCGUAGAAGACAAUUGUGGCAAACUUCCUCAAAAACAGAGCAAGUACUUUUCUUAUGAUGCACCACUAUAUGGCGAAACUGGAAUAUGGAUACCUGUUUCUGUUCCUCCAAUGUCAGAAAGUGACCAUGAAGAGUGGGCUAGAGGCUUCUGCUCAAAAGGGGAAUACUUUCCCGUAGAAGAUACAGGUGCCUUCCAGUACUUGGGAGAAGAUAAAGAGUUGACCAUGUGGGAUGUCCUAGUGGAAAUGUUGAUGGUAGCUAGGGGGAAAGUGAGCGCUUUAACCUUGGGUGAUAUCCAUAACCUUUCAUGGAUCUCAGGCCACAUUGUGGAGCAGGCUUGGAAAGAGAUGGCUCAAACUCUGACAGAGGCUAAUUUUGGUACUACCAGAGAACUUCUUGAGGCAGAACCACCCAAAUGGCUUCCUGAUAGUGCAGCUUCUUCCUGUAUGCUGUGUAGUGUUCGGUUCCACCCCAUCAUGUGUAGCAGGCAUCAUUGUCGUUUUUGUGGGGGGAUAUUUUGCAGUGACUGUACAAAAGGAAGGAGUUUGUUGCCAGAUAAAUUCCACAUGGAAGAACCAAAGAGAGUAUGUGAUGUAUGUUCCAUACGUCUUGAGCCUGUUCAGGCAUACUUAAUGGAUCAAGUUAGCCGUGCUGCACAGUUGCCAACCCAUGAUUUGACAGAUCUCAGCACUUUGAGAUCAUGGAUAAAUUUUCCAUGGGGACAGUCAAUGGAGUAUGAAAUUUACAAGGCCACCAACAUACUUCGGAGUUAUAAUAAGGUAGGUUCUCUGAGGCACGAGAGGAGAAUUCCAGAAUAUAUUCUUCGAGGUGCUCAAGGUCUUGCAAUACUCACUGUAGCAAAAGUUGGAGUUGUGGUUACUUAUAACAUCGGAACUGGACUGGUAGUUGCUCGCAGAGAAGAUGGCUCGUGGUCUCCUCCCUCAGCCAUUUCUUCUUUCGGUGUGGGAUGGGGUGCUCAGGUAGGAGGAGAGCUGACUGAUUUCAUAAUUGUUCUGAGAACCAAAGAUGUUGUGAAGACUUUUAGUGGUGAAGCACACGUUUCUAUUGGAGCAGGCUUGAGUGCAGCCGCGGGAGUUGUUGGACGGACUGCUGAAGCUGAUUUGCGUGCGGGCACUGGUGGCUAUUCUGCCUGCUAUACAUAUAGCUGCAGUAAAGGCGCGUUUGUAGGAGUUUCUCUGGAAGGGAGUGUUGUGACAACCCGUUGCCGAGAAAACUCAAGAUUCUACGGCAGUCAGUCAAUAAGCGCUGCAGAUAUUCUGCUGGGCUCAUGGCCCCGACCCCCUGCUGCCGCCACCCUUUACCGUGCACUUGCAGAUUUAUACCGUAAGCUUUAACUUAUAAGCUCUGUGCUUAUUCUCAAUUCCUUAUUCAGAUGUAUUUAUAAGCUCUGUGCUUAUUCUCAAUUCCUUAUUCAGAUGUAUGUUUCUUGUGUUUAUUUCAAUGGAAUGUAAAUAGGGUACUCAAUUGUGUACAGUACAUACAAGGACUCAAUUUGGAUGAAGUCUUUUUUACUGAUAAUUGUGAAGAAAUUAUAGAUGUGUAC